CUGUCGGGAAGCGGCUGCUGACUCCGGCCGCGGGGCGGGCUCGCCGCAGUCGGCUUCUCCUCCGCUCUCCGCUAGCUGCGCGCCGCAAGAUGGCCGAUCUCUCGCUGGACGAGCUCAUCCGGAAGCGCGGAGCGGCGGCCAAGGGACGGCUCAGUGUCAGGCCAGGAAUUGGAGGUGUCCGGUCUCGAGUUGGAAUCCAGAAUAGUCUUGUUAACCAGCCAGCUCGCACAGCCACCUUCCAGCGGAGAUUUGAUGCCCGACAGAAGAUUGGCCUCUCAGAUGCUCGGCUCAAGCUGGGUGUCAAAGAUGCCCGGGAAAAGCUUUUGCAGAAAGAUGCCCGGUUUCGGAUCAAAGGAAAAGUCCAGGAUGCCAGGGAGAUGCUGAACUCACGAAAGCAGCAGAGCACUCUGCCCCCAAAGCCCCGCCAGGUGGCUGAUGCCCGGGAGAAGAUCAGCUUGAAGAGGAGAGCCCCUGCUACAUUCACAAGCCCGCCCAUUGGCACUGUGACCCCUGCUUUGAAACUCACCAAAACUAUCCAGGUUCCACAGCAAAAGGCCAUGGUGCCACUUCAUGCCCAUCCUGCUGGAAUGAGGAUCAAUGUUGUCAAUAACCACCAGGCUAAACAGAACUUGUAUGACCUAGAUGAAGAUGAUGACAUUGUGGCACCUGUCCCUACUAAGCAGAUGAAGUUUGCAGCCACGGGCAGCCUUGUUCACCACAUGGCUGGACUGAGCAGUUCCAAGCUGUCCAUGUCCAAGGCCCUCCCUCUCACAAAAGUGGUCCAGAAUGAUGCCUACACCGCUCCUGUUCUCCCCUCCUCUGUUCGAACCAAAGCCUUGACCAGCAUGUCCCGGACGCUGGUGAACAAGGAGGAGCCUCCCAAAGAGCUGCCACCUGCUGAGCCUGUGCUUAGUCCCUUGGAAGGCACCAAGAUGACUGUGAAUAAUCUGCACCCUCGAGUCACCGAGGAGGACAUAGUUGAGCUCUUCUGUGUGUGUGGAGCUCUCAAGCGGGCUCGACUAGUCCAUCCUGGGGUAGCAGAAGUUGUCUUUGUGAAGAAGGAUGACGCCAUCACUGCUUAUAAGAAGUACAACAACCGAUGUCUGGAUGGGCAACCUAUGAAGUGUAACCUUCACAUGAAUGGAAAUGUCAUCACCUCAGACCAACCCAUCCUGCUGCGGUUGAGUGACAGCCCCUCAGUGAAAAAGGAGAGUGAGCUGCCACGGAGGGGCAACCCUGCCUCUUCCAACCCUCCUGCCGAAGUGGACCCCGACACCAUUCUCAGAGCACUCUUCAAGUCCUCGGGGGCCUCUGUGACCACACAACCCACAGAAUUCAAAAUCAAACUUUGAGGAGGGGAGCGAGGCAGCCAGAAACAGGGCAGAGGAGGGUGGCUCUGUUUCCCAAGGCAAAGUUGAGACCAACAGGCUGUCGGACUGAAGCCCCCUGAACAAGGGACGAGGUGCCAGGGAGAGCUUCCUCGCUGGACGGGACCCACCUUUCUGUGUUGUUUACACCUUGCCCUUCUGUGUGUUCCAUUUCUGUAGUAUGUUUCCUCUUUCCUCCAUUCAUCACCAAGGUAGGCUGUGUUUGUCGGUGUGCCUCCCCUACCCUCGGCCCCUAGCUGAUUUCUUCCCUAGAUAUGGUGCACUGUUUCCCUGGGUGGCCUUCUGUGGCCCCAUGGGACACAGGGUGCAGGAAAGUGUUGAAAGACUGCUUUUUUUUUUUUUUUUUUUUUUUAUUUUUUUAUGUUUUGUUUUCAAGAGUUUUCUUGUUCUGUUGAAGUUUUCACACAAAACAGGGAAUACAAUGAUCCUCCUGCCAUUUGCACCAGGACAGCUGGGGGAUGCAUCAGGCCACUGGCUUCCUGUGUUCUCACCACUGUCCCCUUCAGGCCUAACUGCCAGUGUGCAGUGCUCUGUGACAGGCAGGCAGGGUGGCUGUGUUGCCAGCUCUUGGCUGUCUGUGCUGGUUUGGGCAGUGUACAAGGCAUCCCAGCAUUCAUGGUCCCUUGUUAGUGUUGUGCCAAAGGCCUUGGGUGAGUUCUCUCAGCUUCCAUAUGGAAGUGAGGAAGAGACCUGUGCCUAUUAGCCCUCUUGGUUCUCACCUGAUAGGGCAACAUCAAAGCUUGGUUUGGGUGCGGGUGCCAGCUUCAAGUUGGUUGAGCCUUUUUCCAGGUUCUACACUGGGCUGUAGCACAGAGGACUUGGGGGAGAUUGAUUGACUCAGAACCAUUGGCUGGCUCUGGCUCUGCUUCAGUUAUCUACAGAACAGCAGUCAGGGUUGCCCGAAGUGCAGCCUCCACCAGGGCAUUGUCUGUGCCAGUGUCAGUGACCCAUAUUGGUGAGUGGUCUGAGCAAGCUGAUGGGUUACUUUACACAGUGUGCUCCUGCAUUGUUAGAGUGGAACUGUGGACUUGGGCAGGUGCUGAGUGUCAGGUAGCAGUGUUCCAGAGCUGGUCAGUAGGCCCCAGACAGUGGGAACAGAAGAUGCUAAGCUGUCAUAGGUGGAGAGGAUCCUUAGGGCACACAAUAUCAGUUAUGCAUUCUGUAAAGGGACAAACCGGGGAAGUAGAGGAAGCUGUGGUACUGUGACCCAUUCAAGGCUAGCCCAGUAAAGAGAACUUCAACUAAUUCUUAUUUCCUGAGUUAGAUCCUAGCCCAUGCCCAGCUGGAAGGGUCUCGAGUCAAAAUCAGUCCUUCAGCUCUAAGGUUGCCCAGCAAAGGAAUCCAGGAAUGACAUCUGCGGUGUCCACUCCUAAAGAGCCUCUUACACCCUUCUAAAUGGGUACAAACUUAAUUCUUCUCAGAAACUGAAGACAUUCCUCUGUGUUUGCCCUUUCCUGGCCCAAGAGAACACCCCUAGACAUUAGGGCCUAGCUCUCUGCCACUGGGAACAGCUGGCAUGGCUUUUGCUUUGUGUAGAGUAGGGUGGCUGAAGCCCUUCCUGGUUCCCCUACUCUUUGUGAGCCAGGCGUGCUGGGGCACACUGGAACCCAGUCAGCCUCACCCUCCUGGCCAGGUGGUACUUUGGGGAGUAGGGUGUUUGCCCCUCCUGCAUUUCAGAAUGUCAUCUUGGGAAACAGAAAAGAAGGUGGGCCAACCCUCAUGUCCCCCACUCCCUUGCAUUACUUAUUUGUGUCUUGUUCAGGAGAGAAAGGCAUUGUGGGAUGGGGGGGGCUUGUUUACUUUCCACUUCUCAAUAAAUGUUUGUU